AGCAAGUUUCGCUAAUUCAGUGUAUCAGCCUAAGGCGUGGGCUGCGGUUCACACGCUUAAACAUUCACCGAUUUCCACGAUAGCUGCCGUUAUGUUAGUUUACUACAAAUGUAAACAGAUAAAGUGAGUAAUCAUAGCUUUGCGUGGUAUCCUUCUGAAGUCUCAAUUCAACAAGUGGACGCUAGUGACUUACAGAGAAAUUACACGCCCUUGGUGCGUCAGUAGUAAUUACUGAUCUCGCUUGAUGCAAUAUCACUUUUAUUGUCAUCACUGUUAGACCACUCCAUAUCUCUGUUCCUCGGAAAUAUUGCGUCAUUGAACUAUGCCCGCUUUCUAAAAGGCAAGUAUUGUGGAAAUUGGACUUUGAACACAUGGAACUACAUUCUAAACUCGUAUUACUUUCAUACUUCUGAGGGAAAUGGGGAAUGGAAUAUCAGAGCAACUCAACUUUCUCUCCAGUCUUCCGUUCUUUAAUUCUCUUCACAUCGCUAUUCUGGGUCUGGACUCUGCAGGCAAAACCACUGUGCUGUACCGUCUGCAGUUCAAUGAGUUUGUCAAUACUGUUCCUACCAAAGGUUUCAAUGCAGAGAAAGUCAAAGUAUCUGUUGGGGAUUCGCAAACAGUGACGUUUCACUUCUGGGACGUUGGUGGCCAGGAGAAACUGCGUCCUCUCUGGAAGUCUUAUACUCGCUGCACGGAUGGUAUUGUGUUUGUCGUUGACUCUCUGGACUCAGAGAGAAUGGAAGAGGCUAAAACGGAGCUUUACAAAAUUGCCCGCUCCUCUGAAAACCAAGGAGUGCCUGUGUUGAUUAUUGCUAACAAGCAGGACUUAAGACAGGCUCUGUCGCUAUCACAGAUAGAGACCAUGCUGGCACUCAAUGAACUGGGACCCACCACGCCAUGGCACCUGCAGCCAACCUGUGCUAUCAUUGGUGAUGGACUCAAAGAGGGACUAGAAAAACUUCAUGACAUGAUCAUAAAGCGAAGAAAAAUGACCAAACAGCAAAAAAAGAAAAAAUAGGAGGUAUAUGUAUUUCAUGAAGGAGAAAAGAUACAGCAAACUGUAAUUUGUAUGUGCCCAAAGUUGGUUAGAACCGAUGAGCACUUUAGUUUGUUUACUUUCUUGUUGUUUACCACUUUAGUUGUUUACUGUCUGUCAUAGACAUUUUUCCUAAAAUAUAUAAACUUGAUAUAAAACUUGACAUUUUUGUAUUGUCACACUGAAGAAUUAUUCUUAUUGAGAGUUUUAUUUAGUGUUUAUUCACAAUAAAAUAACUUUCUAUGUUUA